UAUCACGUGGCCGGAUGUUUUUAAAGGGUCAGUCGUGAUUUAAUCAUGACAAGCUCGUGCGCUUAUUUAUUUCUUUAUUUAGUUGACUUUAUUGUUGAGAAUUGAAAGGGUGCAACUUAAAGCUGUGAACCGGAGAAGUGACCCGCUCCAGCUCUUGUUAGAAUGUAUGGACAAAGGCAAAAACAGCGACAUUAAGCAUGUCCAGGGCUCCUGAGUGGAGAUGCAUCAGUUCAUCGGUGAGCUCCUCACAUCUGGAAAUCUCUCCAAAAACCAGCCGAACUCACCAUGGGGAGUGGCUCCUGGUUUGGGGCUCAAAUCGCCCUCACUCCAACCUCUCCAAACACUUGGAUCCGUCCAGGACAAGAGACACGAAAACAGACCUGUCCAGCCUGGGACAUCCCAGAGGAGAGAGGACAGAGAAGGUUUAGAUGUGCGUCACGCCUGCACCUGUUCCGGCGGUCCGUUCUCAAGCCACACUCCGGCCUUUGAAACUUUGAGGGCUCGACAGUUUUUGUCGACAUCACAGUACUUAAAAGCUUCAUGCCAGCCCGAGGAUCUGAGGCACAGCGUGUCUGCCCCAGAUACCACCAGCUGCAGCAGCACAUCCGAGCAGGAGUCAAGUCGGCCUCAAAUAGAGGAUCCCGACAGGCGUACUCAGAACCAGAACUCCGACAAUCCUUCUUUAAGGGCAUCCUCUGGCUCUUUGUCUCAUCCGUCCGUGUUUCCCUGCUUGUGCUGCCACAGAAGCUUUCAGACUUGCACCCAGCUCCUCAACCAACAAGUCACAGACUCGCCUUUUUCUCACACCCAUCAUCAUUUCCAUCACCACCACUGCCCCUUAACUUCGUGCGUUCCCUGUCCUCAGAUUGCCCACUCGGCACAGCUGCCUGCACCAAUACCCUGCUUGUCAUGCCAGUGCUCCAUCCCUGUGUGUCCUCAGGUAUGCCAGCACCAGCACAGACAACCGCAGCAUCGAGAGGAGAGGAGCAGGAACCUGUCGUCGUUGCAUCCAUGCAUGCACUGCACAGCCUCGUUCUCCAGACCGUCACAGCUGCUGCUGCACCAGCGCUCUGAGCAUGCCCACAAAUCGCCUGGCUUUCUCUGCACAGAGUGCGGCAGGUCCUUCAACUCACACAGCAACCUCCGUAUACACCUCAAUGUGCACACUGGUGCCCGGCCCUAUUCCUGCACGGACUGUGGGAAAUGUUUCAGCCAGUCAGGAGCGCUGAAGAUUCACAGGAGGAUUCACACAGGCGAAAGGCCAUAUUCGUGCGGAUUCUGUGGCAGGGGGUUUCCCCACUUGGCAGGGGUCCGUGCUCACCAGAGGAUCCACACAGGAGAGAAACCCUACAGCUGUGACCAGUGUGGGAAGUGUUUCACACAAUCUGGUGCUCUAAAGAUUCACACCCGCAUCCACACCGGAGAGAGGCCCUUCACCUGCAGCCUCUGUGAGAAGGGCUUCUCCAACCGCUCCGGCAUUCGUUUCCAUUAUCGUACCGUCCACGGUUUGACUCUCGAACAUGAUGGGGAGGGAAGAGCUGAGAGCUGCUCUCCUGGUCGUCCGAGACGUUUGUCUCGGCCCAGUGUGGGGGUCAAUAUGCUUAACAGCUUGGAAAGUGACUCGCGCGAAACUCCAAGUUCUCUCAGGUCUUCUGAUCUUGUACUUGCUGAUCAAGGCUCCUCUCGGCUCGUUGAAAAUAGGAGCACAUCACAGGUAGGAGCCGAGAGCCACAGAGAGGAACUUCUGUACACCUGUGAGGACUGCGGACUGCGUUUUAAAGACGCACCGUCCAGGAACAGCCACCAGACCCUGGUACACUACUCACAUGAGGGGAGGCAAGAGGAGGUUCCCCAUCAAAACCAAUGAGAGGAAAAUGUUUUAUGUUGCAAAACCACAGGAGAAAUAUUCACGUAUUUCCACUGUAACAUCAAUUUGAGUGACAGAAAUUGAUUCUGGUUUGACACUGGUUCCAAAUCUAAUGCCAUUUCUGUAUUUAAUGUUUACUCAUAGAAAUGAGGACAACCAUAAUUUCACAAAAACUCUUUUACAGACUUCACAUGCCUUUGCUGAAACCUGAUUCCAGCACUUGAAUGUUUUCCUGGAACCUUACAUUGGGUAUUUAUUUAUUUCAGCUCAUUAUGUCAAUGAAGCAUCUAAAAACCUUCAAACAAACAUUUUAUUAUAAAUUAUGUGUUUUUUUUUUUGUUUUUU